AUGGCUUGGAGUGAAUUCGGUGUCCUCAGUUGGCUCAGAGAGAGUCGGCAAUCCCGGAAACUAAUCUUAUUGAUUGUCUUCAUUGCUCUGCUCUUGGACAACAUGCUGCUUACUGUAGUUGUGCCAAUUAUUCCUAGUUAUCUGUACAGCAUCAGACACCCCCAAAAUGCAACAGAAAUACAAACCAUGAGACCAGAGACACCUUCAUUAAGCCUAAACAGUUUUCAAAGUAUUUUCUCCUAUUAUGACAACUCCACAAUGGUUACUGGAAAUCGCUCUGAAGGGACAAGGCCAAGAGAUUUUUAUCAUACUCAGACAGAGCAAAUGGUGGUAAAUAUGACUAAGAUGACGUCAUCAUCAUCAUCAUCAUCAUCAUCAUCAUCAUCUGACUGCCCAAAGGAAGACAAAGACCUGCUUAAUGAAAAUGUACAAGUUGGUUUGCUGUUUGCUUCCAAAGCCACUGUGCAGCUCCUCACUAACCCUUUUAUAGGACCAAUGACAAAUAGGAUAGGCUACCAGAUUCCUAUGUUUGCUGGCUUCUGCAUCAUGUUUGUUUCAACAAUUAUGUUUGCCUUUUCAGAAAGCUAUACAUUACUGUUUAUAGCAAGAUCGCUCCAAGGAGUAGGUUCUUCUUGUUCUUCGGUAGCUGGGAUGGGUAUGCUGGCUAGUGUGUAUACUGAUGAUGAAGAAAGAGGCAAUGCAAUGGGGAUUGCCUUAGGAGGCAUGGCUAUGGGGGUAUUAGUCGGUCCACCUUUUGGAAGUGUGAUGUAUGAAUUUGUUGGGAAGGCAGCUCCUUUCCUUGUGUUAGCAGCAUUAGCUCUUUUUGAUGGAGCAAUACAAUUGCUAAUUCUACAGCCAUCUAGGGUACAACCAGAGAGUCAGAAAGGAGCAUCAUUACUGACACUUUUGAGGGAUCCAUACAUCCUUACUGCUGCAGGAUCAAUAUGUUUUUCAAAUAUGGCAAUUGCUAUGCUGGAACCGGCACUUCCCAUCUGGAUGAUGGAGACGAUGUGUUCGAGAAAAUGGCAACUUGGCGUUGCUUUCAUUCCAGCCAGUGUCUCCUAUCUGAUUGGAACUAAUAUUUUUGGGGUUCUUGCACACAAAAUGGGACGGUGGCUUUGUGCUCUAAUUGGGAUGAUAAUAGUGGGAAUAAGCAUUUUGUGUGUACCACUUGCUAAAAACAUAUAUGGACUUAUAGCACCAAAUUUUGGGGUUGGCUUUGCCAUUGGGAUGGUUGAUUCUUCAAUGAUGCCUAUUAUGGGUUACCUUGUUGAUCUGCGUCAUGUUUCAGUCUAUGGGAGUGUUUAUGCCAUUGCAGAUGUUGCAUUUUGCAUGGGAUUUGCUUUAGGUCCAUCUGUUGGUGGUGCCAUUGCAAAGGCAAUUGGGUUCCCAUGGCUCAUGACCAUUAUAGGAAUUAUUGACAUCCUCUUUGCUCCUCUGUGCUUGUUUCUGCGCAGUCCACCUGCCAAGGAAGAAAAAAUGGCAAUACUUAUGGACCAUAACUGUCACUUUAAAACCAAAAUGUAUACACAGAACAACAUUGAGUCACAUCCAAUAGGUGAUGAUGAAGAAGAAUCAGAAAGUGAUGAGUAAUGUCUAAAAGCCAUAUCAAGUAGUUUGAUGUAUACAACAGUGUUUCCUGUGAA